ACGUGAGUGUACGUCUCAAUGACUGAAGCGUCAUCGCUUUAGCUGCAGCAGGGAUUGUCGAGCCGGCGAGGCCUGUCUUCACUGAAAGCCAUUUGGCUUUAUUUUGACUCCCGGUGGUAAAUAAAACCGCUGUUUUUUCGAGAAACAAUUAACCUUCAACAAUGCACGGCAGCAUGCUCUAUUCCACCUGUUUGGUGCUAAUUACCGGGCUAAUUUACGCUGAAAGCUCUCUGGUGAACGAGGAGGUGAAGCGCGCCGUGGACUUGAGCACGCACCUAGCCAAAAUAACGGCGGAGGUUCUGCUGUCUAACCAGGGAGAAUCUGCUGUGCAUAGCUUCAUUGUAGCUCUGGAGCCCGAAUUGGCCCCGCAUCUCGCCUACAUUGGAGUGUCUGUGAAAGGUGAGGAAGAUGAGGACAGCCACUUAGAAUUGAAAGAAACUACAAUCAAAGACCAGAGUGGGAAGUUUUUCCAGGUGCAGUUGCCCUCCUCUCUGGCAGGGGGCAGUAAACUAAGGCUCCAAGUGGAGACGGUGCUGAGCCAUGUGCUGCGGCCCUUCCCCACUCACAUUACCCAGGCAGAGCGGCAGCUGGUAGUGUUCCAGGGCAACCAUUAUGUCUACUCGCCGUACCCUACCCGAAGCCAAACCACCCGCGUUCGCCUUGCUUCCAAGAAUGUGGAAAGCUACACCAAGUUGGGCAACCCCAGCAAGAAUGAGGAGAUCAUUGAGUACGGGCCCUUCCGGGAUGUUGCCCCUUACAGCCAGGAUGCCAUGAAGAUCCACUAUGAAAACAACAACCCCUUCCUCACUAUUAGUAGCGUCACCCGCACCAUUGAGGUCUCCCAUUGGGGAAACAUAGCUGUGGAAGAGACCAUUGACUUGCGUCAUACAGGGGCCAUCCUGAAAGGGCCCUUCUCUCGCUAUGACUACCAGAGACAGUCUGACAGUGGGAUCUCCUCUGUGAAAUCCUUCAAGACCAUCCUUCCUGCCUCGGCUCAGGAUGUUUACUACCGUGAUGAGAUUGGGAAUAUCUCCACCUCCCACUUGCUGGUUCUGGAAGAUUCUGUGGAGGUGGAGGUACGGCCUCGCUUCCCCCUGUUUGGUGGGUGGAAGACUCAUUACAUCAUUGGCUACAACCUACCCAGCUACGAGUACCUCUAUACCCUGGGUGACCAGUAUGCUCUGAAGAUGCGGCUGGUUGAUCAUGUGUAUGAUGACCAGGUGAUAGACUUCCUGACGGUCAAACUCAUUCUUCCUGAAGGGGCCAGGAACAUCCAUGUGGACACACCCUACCCCAUCAGUCGUGUUCCAGACCAGCUGCAUUAUACCUACUUGGACACCUUUGGUCGUCCCGUUCUGGUGGCCACUAAGAGCAACCUGGUUGAGCAGCACAUUCAGGAUGUGGUGGUACACUACACCUUCAACAAGAUCCUGAUGCUACAGGAGCCCCUGCUUGUGGUUGGGGCCUUUUACAUCCUGUUCUUCACUGUCAUCAUCUACGUGCGCCUGGAUUUCUCCAUCACCAAGGACCCUGCUGCGGAGGUGCGCAUGAAGGUGGCGUCCAUCACGGAGCAGGUGCUGACCUUGGUCAACAAGCGCCUGGGCCUGUACCGCCACCUGGACGAGGUGGUCAACCGCUACAAGCAGUCUCGCGACACCGGCGCCCUCAACAGCGGCCGCAAGACCCUGGAGGCGGAGCACCGCACCCUGACCAAUGACAUCGCCUCCCUGCAGGCCCGCCUCAAAGCUGAGGGCUCUGACCUCGCAGACAAGGUGGGGGAGGUGCAGAAGUUGGACGGCCAGGUGAAGGAGCUGGUGUUCCGCUCCUGUCAGGAGGCUGAGCGCCUGGUGGCAGGAAAGGUGAAGAAGGAGGCUUACAUCGAGAGUGAGAAGUCACUGGCCAACCGGAGACAGGAGCUGGUCACCCGCAUCGACAGCCUGCUGGACGCCCUGUAAACACAUGCACACAUGUAAACACAUGUACGCAGUAUACCUUUCGUGAUUCAUGCAGCUCCGCCCUCACACACACACACAAACACACACACACACACACACACACGCACACGCACACGCACACACACGUACACAAACACGCUCAGUUGGCACUUACGUGAUAAAGCAUACACUUCUCCCUCUCCUGUACAUAUGUGUUACUACACACAUCAGGUUGUAAGCUUGUUUGCUUCCCUUAUCGCCGCCUCAUUAAAAAGGCAGGCAUGCUUGACUCUGCGAUUGGCCUGCUGUGUUCAGGUGUGGGAGAAGACGAGUGAGAGAACCUUGUGUGUCCAGCAGAAACACUGCUUUUUUAUUUUAGGGUUUCGGUUUUGUAUGGCCAUUUUUUCAACAUUUCCUUGAAUGAUGAUUGCUUUAGUUGAAAAUAAAACAUUUUUUGAAUGUGCUAGGAAAUAUGAGCAGAAAGGUUAAUAGGGAUUUGUGAGUUUUCUAUUCUAAAUUACUGUGCAAAUUCAACUGUAUUCUCCUUUCCCUCACCCCAAGCACGACACUAAACCUGAGGGUGCUUUAUAGACGGCUUGAGCCAAACACUGCAGCGUACUUUGGAGGCAUUUGUAAAUAAAACGGUUCUGCUCUGCAUUGGCUUGCUUAUAUUUGGUGCAAUCUGCGUUGCCAAAACAUUUCAGCAAAUGCAAGUCAGUCCCCUUACAAUUUUUGUCAGCGACUGCAGUAAAGUUUAUACUUCUUUGACAUUGCAAUUCUUUUUUUUCUCUUUUUAUGUGAAUUAGAAGCCUUCUGUAAUGUGAGAAUUGUACCUACAUGAGAUUACAGUGUGUGUGAAAUGGGGUGUUGGAGGGAAUUGGGUUAUGUUGACAUGUUAACUUGCAAUGGCAUGAAAGAAAUGGAAAUGAGCUGAUUUGGAAUAAAAAAAUGAACUCA